AUGUCAACCAUCACUUUAACAAAAGAAUCUCAUAAGAAUCCCUCGAAAUUCAGAAUCAAGUAUCAAGAUUGCAAAGGUAUUUUAGGUGAAGAGGAGGCAUCCAAGCAUAACAUCAAUGAACAAUUGCCAACUCUUUACUCAUCUUCCAAAGUUGCCAUUAUAGGUGCUGGUUUUGGUGGUAUUGGUGCUGCAAUCAAGACUCAAAAGGAUUUGAAAGAGUCUGAUUAUGUGAUUUUUGAGAGACACGACAACUUUGGUGGUACUUGGUACGCCAACACCUACCCCGGCUGUGCUUCCGACAUUCCGGCUCUUUGGUACUCAUACUCGUUUGCGUUGACCACAAACUGGAGCAGAGUUCAGCCACCACAGUACGAGAUGGAGGAAUAUAUGUUGAGAAUUGUUGACCAAUUCAAAUUGAGAGAAAAGGCAAAGUUUCAAAUAUAUAUCGACAAGUGUGUCUUUGACGAGGAUUCUGGCUUGUGGACUUUGUAUGCACACAAUGUCAAGACUGGGCAAAAGUUGGAGCAUAAGGCCAAGGUUCUCGUUGGGUGCGCUGGUGGACUUGUGUACCCCAAUGAACUAAAAUCCAAGGGUUUAGAGACAUUUAAAGGAGAUUACAUUCAUUCGGCAAUUUGGAACCAUUCGGUUGAUUUCAAAGGCAAGAAAGUUGUUGUAGUUGGUAAUGGUUGUUCUGCAAACCAGAUUGUGCCCGCAUUGUUGAAUGAUCCACAGUAUAAUGUUGGUUCCAUUGUGCAAAUUGCAAGAUCAAAGCAUUAUAUCAUGCCUCCAGUACCAAAAGCUUUGUAUUGGCUUUAUAGAUUAUUGAGCUUUAGUUAUUAUGGUUUGCUUUUUGUUCGUUGGCUCGUUAUUCUUAUUGCCGAGAUGCGAGUUCCAUUGUUUAAAGGAAAUGGGUAUCUUUCUCGACUUCUCCGCUGGAUAAAUACAACUGCAUCUACGCGUUAUGUCAAAAGAAAUGUACCAAAGGAGAUUCAGGACAAGAUCAUGCCAGACUACAAGAUUGGAUGCAAGAGAUUGAUCUUUGAUUACAAGUAUGUCCCAAGCUUGAAUGAUCCAAGAAUUGAGGUGACUAAUGACGAUAUCAAGGAAGUAGUUGAAAAUGGAGUUGUUCUUACGGAUGGAAGGUUUGUUCCUGCUGACAUUAUUGUUGCUUGUACUGGGUACAAGGUUUCUAAAUCGUUCAAGUUGCCUGUUUUUAAUAAAAAUGGCGAGUCGUUGGCCAAUGUAUGGAAAGAUGGCGCAAGUGCUUAUCGUACAGUGUUGGUGAAGAAUCUUCCCAAUCUUUUCCUUAUUGGCGGCCCCAAUUCUGCUACUGGUCAUUCAUCUGUGGUGAUGGCUAUUGAAAAUGGUAUUGAUUAUUAUACUAGGGUUGCCAAACCGGUGCUUCAAGGUAAAGCAAAGUCGGUUGUUGUCAAGCCUGAAGCAUAUGAUACAUGGUUCACCACUAUCCAAAAGGAGUUGCGCAAGAGUGUGUUUGGUACACCAUUUGGUGGUUGUGUUUCUUGGUACUCAGAUGGUGCUGUCAACAGUACGGCUUAUGCAUGGAGUCAACUCAACUAUUGGUAUAUUACCCAUUUCCCCAACUACAAAGAUGUGAUUUAUCAACCUGCUAGAGAAACUAAAAAGAAGAUAUAA